AUGUCCUAUGCAGAUUUGAAACCAGGUGAUUCAGUAGUUUAAAAGAAAGCUUUGAUUAUAAAUGACUGACUGUUUCAGUAAAAUUCGAAGAGUACGCCAACGGAUUGCCGGACAGCUCUUAUCAAAAUGAUCCCUAUUAUCAACCGUAUCCGGUCGCAACCGAAAUCCUCGAGUACACCCAGCCCUAUCAACUUCAAAUGGAUCAACAUUCCAUACAUCACCCCGAGCAGCCACAGUCUCAACUUCAUUACUUUAUAAGUCAUGAGAACGAGGUGUGCGGUGCUCCUGUUCCUGCCCCUGCUCCUGCACCUGUUCCCGCCUCCACUCCCGCUCCAGCCACUGUGAUCUUCCGAAAACCGAAUGGAUCACCGACAAAACGAAGAUCCGAACGCGUCGAUAGGGAUAUCACGUCUUCCUCAGAAAUAAGCGAAGAACUUCAGAAUCAUUGGAUGCCGAUGACGUGGAUUGAACGCUCUUCUGACGAUCCGCAAGGUUAGCCUAAUAAAAUCCGAAACGUUUUGAGAACUUCAAAAUUUAGUCUUCAACUUUGUGUGUCUUUGGGAUCAAUGUGUGUCUGUCUCGUCGAGUAAGGACGAGUUUGUGCAGCACCUUUAUAGCCAUGUCAGCACCCUCGAGUCGCAUAUCGAGCUUAGACAAGCUGACAAAAUUGUGUGCAAGGUGCGAGGAUGCGGAAAGCAUCUUGAAGCCAUCGCUGAUCUCGGUCGGCACAUGUCCAUGCACAUAUUCCAGGUAAACCUGACUCUUCAGAUUGUUUCUGGAGCUCUACAUUUCAGGCCGAUUGCCAGCAGAAAGGGUCGGAGACUCUGAUAGAAAAAGAAGAGUACUCUGAGAUUGAAAGCUGUGGAUUUGAUCCAUGCACCAACAUAAAUUACGAUGGGGAAGAGCUGGUCUGUAUGUGGGAAUCUUGCGGACAACCGUUCACCUCUCUGACUGAUCUUUUUGAUCAUGUUGGUCAGCACAUCGACUCCGUAAGCGAUAUUGACCGGAUUGAGCACGACGGAAACAGUAAGCACGAGUUUGGCUCGGUUGCAAGCUAAAUAUGUAAAAUUUUCAGAAGGAGACAAGAAAAAUGUAUAUUUGUGCAAAUGGACAGGCUGCACGACAGUCAGUGAUUCGAAAUCGAAUCUCCGUCGUCACGCACGUCAUCACAGCGGCGAGAAAGUUCUGGCUUGCCCGUUCUGUGCGCGCUUCUUCUCCCGACGUGAUAAACUCUACGAUCAUUGCGUUCGUCGUACCAUUCUUAUGAACGACAGCGAAGAUCCGUUCCUCUGUAAACUGUGUCACAAGCGAUUCGGGACUGAGAAGGCGUUGUGCAUGCACGUGAGCCGGCAUCUGGCUGGACACACCUGUGGACUCUGCGGUUUGGCUGCUGGCUCUCGAGCUGAUAUUCAUCGACACCUCAUGUUGAAGCAUUCUCGACGCUCGAAGGACUUCAAAUGUGACGUGUGCAGCAAGUGGUUCUUCACAGAAGUGAGUUGCAAUCAACCAGAGACUGUCGAGCAUUGUACUUUUUCAGUCUGAAUUGAGUCGUCACGCCGUAUUCCAUUCGGAUGUCAUGUACAGUUGCAAGCAUUGCGAUGAGAAGUUCAAGUGGAAGAAACAACUUCUGAAGCACAUGAAAGAACACGAAGAGGUAAAUUUAAUUAUAAAUUUAGCCAUCUAAUAAAAAGAAAGGGUCAGAAUUUCAAUCCGACGCCGUACAUGUGCCAUAUCUGCGAGCGGUCCUACACAACCGGCUUCGCACUCGGACGCCAUCUGACGAAACAACAUCGACUCGACGUGCCGUACGGCUUCAGUAGGUUCACUUACAAGAAGUGCGCCGACGGACUGAUGCGUCUACAAACCAAGAAACUGCUGCGCGGUGAAUCAACGGAAGAGCACCAUACUCUUCCCUACAACCACAAUUACUAG